GGCGGAAACUCGCAUACUAAUAUAACGUGUAGCGAGAGCGUUGUUUACUGUCUAGAAAAACUUUUUUUAUAGGUAGAAACAAAAUGGUGUCUCUAACAAUAUCGGAACCCGCGGUGCGAUCAUUCAUUUUCUAUUCUAGUGUUUUGGCUUUGAAAAUGAUGUUCAUGUCAUAUCUAACAUUGAAGAAACGAGUCGGGAAAAACGUGUACGCCAACGAUGAAGACGCAAAGGCAAGGAAGGGUACUGUGAAAUAUAACGAUCCAGACGUCGAGAGAGUUCGGCGGGCGCAUUUGAAUGACCUUGAGAAUAUACCUGCUUUCUGGGUCCUGGGAGCAUUGUACUUGACGACGGGUCCGUCUGCAGCUAUAGCAGUAACGUUAUUCCGGGUGUUUGCCGUGUGUCGAAUUAUAUAUACAAUAGUGUAUGCUGUUAAGCCUGUACCCCCGCCGGCUCGGGGCAUCGCAUUUGGAAUAUCUUCUUUAAUAUCGAUGUACAUGGGGGCACACAUUGUAUUAUACUACUUGCCCGUUCGCAGCUUCAUAUUUCACGCAAGUGUUUUGGGUUUAAAAAUGCUGUCCAUGUCGUUUCUAACUGCAGUGCAGCGAUUCCGAAAGAGAGUAUUCGCCAAUGAAGAAGACGCAAAGAUUUUGGACAACAGCGUAGUGACAUUAACCGACCCAGAUGUGGAGAGAGUGCGCCGAGCACAUUUAAAUGAUCUGGAAAGUAUUCCGCUUUUCUGGAUUUUGGGAGGGUUGUAUUUGACGACCGGUCCGUCAGCUGUUCUAGCUACAGCGCUAUUCCGUACUUAUACAGUAAGUCGUAUUGUACAUACCGUUGUUUACGCAAUUAUACCGCUACCCCAACCAGCCCGUGGGAUAGCGUUCGAUAUUUCUUUUCUAAUUAAACUUUAUAUGGGAGUGCAUGUUAUAUCACAUUAUAUUAUCAGUUAUUGAAUGUCCCCUUCAAUUAUUAUCACUCAAGCAACUGGAUUAUGUAAGACAAGUUCAAUGUCGUUGAUAUUAAUUUAUCAGUUACCUACGCGCUUGCUACUUACCGGACUAACUGGACAAUAAUUUUGUUCAAUAAAUGGAAAUUAUUUCCCACCAAAAUACCAAAUUAAAAAAUAUGAUCAUAUUAUGAUUGAUGAUAAUGAAUCUUCUGUUUUAUUUAAAAUUCAAAUGUAUUAUUUUUAAGAAGGAUAAUUAAUACGUGUUACCUAUUUUUGUUCGUAUAUAUUAUAUACCUUAGUGAUAAGUAGUGAUGUAUUGUAACAAGAAUAUCCAUCGGAGUAGGAUUAAAAAAGCAAUUGUCAUCAUUAUUCCAUUAUGUCUUAUGAGUCAGUGAUUAGCUAUCAAAACUGUAUAUCUACAUUUGAAUGACUCAAAAUGAUAUUGCAGAUUUUUGUGAUUGGUCAACUUUAUAAUAAAAUAUCCAUUGGUCUUAUUGCA